UUUUUGGAGCGAAAGCAUUCAAAUACACGUUGGGCUUUCUAUGGAGAUAUAUCUUACAUUAAAUUAUCAAACACAUCUUUCCCAUGGUAUCUUAAAUAGGUUAUAAACUGUGACACAAUAAUUAUACACAAGAAUGGAUGGACUUGAAAUGUCUGCGAUGAUACCGGCUCUCCAGGAGUUAGCUAGUGCCGGUGCUGCUGAGUAUGAGCUGGCUGUACAGAAACCACGACAGAUCCUGUGCCAGUUUAUCGACAGGAUACUGACAGAUGUGGACGUCGUUGCCCUUGGGCUGAAUAAAAAGUCCAGUUCGGAGCCGGCGUGUGUAAUGCUGCUCGACUUUGUGCAGCAUAUAGUCAAAUCCUCAUCUCUGAUGUUUGCAAACCCUGCGUGCCAGCCUGCUGAGUACCCAGAGACCACACAGAGUUGUACUGACUUCAGUAAAUGGGUGGCGGGACGUUUUCUUCGUGUGGCGGCAGCUCCGGGCUGUGAUGUCAUUCACGGACGCGUCUCUGCCUUGUUGUGCUCUUUACUUCACACUUUGAGAGUCAGAUUGUCGCUCAUCUUCCGUCGCCUCACCCAGGAGCUCAUAUGUUUGUCCCAAGAGCUAGGCGAUAUCCUGUAUGCUCAUGUCGCCACACUGGCAGCACAAGGACACUGUCUGGGCACUCACAUGCAGAGCCAGUGGCCCAUAACACUCAAAAGUUUCAGCUUCUCUUCCACAUCUACCUCUUCCUACCUUACCCCUUCUCCUCUUGUUGUCUCCUCACCUGCUGCCUUGGAGUCACUGGCUGCAGUGACUAUCGGCGUCAUCACUGAUUCUCUGAGGGGAAUCGUCUCCUGUCAUGACUUGAACGUAGCUUGGGAGACAGCAUGCUUCUUUUUGGCAAAUGGAAACAUCAGGCUGAAGAAGCUCUCAAUGGUGAUGUUGAGAAACAUCGUGGAGCUCAGAGGGUUUCUGAAGAUGCAGAGCCAUGAAUUCUUCACAGCCUUUUUUCAUCUGCUGGAAACGCACUCCUGUCCUGACGCAGCAAACGUGAACGAGGAACGUCCCUAUGAAGGAGAGCUGCUGAACAUGACCCGCUGCGUUUUUCAGUCAUCUCAUGUUCCUCACUUUGAACCCACUUAUCUCACGCAGAUGUUUGAGUGUGUUUGCACUCUUGGAGGAGCCAAUGUUAAGUUAGGAGCUGAAUUUACUGAAUCCCUCUGUCUGCUGUUCAGUUUCUCUCUGUCUUGUGUGCCGGUUUAUGAGAGCAUCGCAUUGCUGAGAAGACAAAGAGUCACGGAUGUCUGCAGGACGCUAGCAUGCACUGUUGGAACAGGAAAUCAAGCUGAAUGUGCCGAGGGUUUUCUCCAAGCUGCGCUCAAGGCUCAGACAGAAGUGGUAACUCAGGAGUCAGGUGAUGGAGAAACUCCUGCCAAGAGACCCUGCAAAUCUGCUGCCAGUUCAUCCAGCAAAACAACAAAAACAUCAUCAAUAGAGGUGGACAUGCAAGCGCGCAGCGAGGUUUGGGCUGUGCUGAACAGCCGACUGGAGGAACUGCUGACGCUUUUGAACUCUGGCUCAGGAGAACCAGAGAGCACGGAGACUCUGUCUGCUUUGCAGGGUGUGGCCGUCAUCCUCCAGCUGGCAGCUCUCUGCUCCUCUCCCAUCCGCUCAUGCUCUCUCCUCUGGGCGUCUACUGUCACUCUGAACAAUGUGCUGAAGACCUGUCAGUCAGUAUUAGAAGGAAGCUCUCCAACUGUCUCCAACCAGGACUACUUUGAGUCUGCUUUCCAGACCACUGUCAGGGUGCUUGAUUCCAUACUCUACUUCACAUUGAGAAGCCAGAGACAGGAUGGGCUCCAGAGGCGUGUGUGUGCUCUGCUGUCUCUUCCUUGGGUGUGUGAAAACAAAGCUGUCUCAGCUUUUAAAAGUUCAGGACUCCCGUCCUCGCUGCCUGGUUUGGCCCGGAAACUCAGCGGCUGUUACGUAUCUGAAGUCCAGGCGGAGUGUGUGUCGCUGCUAGCCUUUCUGCAUCCCGGUGUGUGUGAGACGUGGCGCGUCUGCGUGUUUACGAAGACGCUGCAGAGUCAGGACGAGGUAGUGAGAGCCGCGGCUGUGAGGGUUUUCCCCAUUCUUCUUCACCACCUGGGAAACUCGCGCCACAACCUCAUCAGCAACACGCUACUUCCCAUGCUGGAGGACAGAUCAGAGCAGGUGAAAAUGGAGCUCGCCAGGAUUGUCGGUCAUCUGAGCUGCAUCCAAUCAGAGCUCUCCGAGCUCAGUGACGUCAAAUCCGAGUCCGCCGAUCUUCAAACAAUCAUCUGCCUCCGCUGCAGCCUUUCAACAGAGCAUGCUGGGAAACCCGCCCCAUCACUCGGGGCAUCUGUUGUUCGACCCUUCCUCUCUUUACUUGGACCACAAGCCCCGAGUAAAGUUAAACAAGGGUUCCUAGAGGCGCUACCUCACCUCUGCCAGCAUGUGAGUCUGAUUGGAGAAGACAGCGACUCCCGGGCAGUUCUCUGUGCCCUGAUUGGUCUCAUGGAGGACUCAGAUCCUGCCGUUAGAAUGCGCUUCAGCCAAUCGGUGCGUUUCCUCCUGAAAGACACCGCAAAAAACUCAGAGGAGGGAACUCUGAACGAGCUCCUGGUUGGACGACUCAAGGAAGCAUUCAAUAUUGCCAAAGUGAACAGAGACGACGACCUGCGUAACACUCUCAUCCUCACCACUGGAGAGAUCGGCAGAGCAUCUCAGGGUAGUUUGGUAUCCUUCUCUCUGCUGCGUCUGCUCCACUGUCUUCUGUCCAAGUCGUCGUCGGUCUCCGUAGCCGCUUACACUCAGAUCAGAGCGCUGGCCGCUGCCAAAGGCCUGAAGCUGCAGACUCUCUUCAGUCAGUACAAGAACCCCAUUUGCCAGUUUCUGGUAGAGUCACUGCAUUCGCGCCAUGCGUCGGCGCUGAGGGACACGCCAGAUCAAGGCAGCGAAUCAGCCAAUCAGAGAGAGCUGGCUCUGGACAUCCUGGCUCAGAUCGCACACGCUUUCGACUUCCCAGACCUCCACCGCUUCCUCACUCGGACCCUCCAGGUGCUGCUGCCUUACCUGGCUGCCAAGGCGAGCGCUACGGGCUCCGCCCUCAUCCGUACUCUGGCCACUGAGUUAAAGGCAAACAGGAGAGAGAUUCUGAUCAACAACUUCAAAUACAUCUUCAGCCAUCUGGUCUGCUCCUGCACCAAAGAAGAGCUGGAGAGAGCCUUUCACUACCUGCAGAGUGAGACGGAGAUUGAACUGGGCUCUCUGCUACGACAAGACUUCCAGGGUCUUCACAAUGAACUGCUGCUGCGCUUGGGGGAACAUUACCAACAGGUAUUCAACGGUUUGGCAAUUCUGGCCUCCUUUGCUUCCAACGACGAUCCAUAUCAGGGUCCUAGAGACAUCACCACUCCAGAGCUCAUGGCUGACUACUUGCAGCCAAAGCUGCUGGGCAUUCUCGCUUUCUUCAACAUGCAGCUCCUCAGCUCCAGUGCAGGAGAAAAGGACCGCAAGAAAUUGGCAUUGACGAGCGUGAUGGCGCUGAUGCGGCUGAUGGGCUCCAAACACAUCAGCUCUGUCAGAGUGAAGAUGGUGACGACGCUCCGGACCAGCCUCCGAUACAGAGAAGACUUCCCUCUGCUCUGCUGCAAGACGUGGGACUGUUUUGUGAGGAGUGUGGAGCCCUCGCACCUCGGCCCUCUGCUGAGCCACGUUAUUGUUGCUCUGCUUCCCUUGAUCCCUCUACAACCCAAAGAAACUGCAGCCGUCAUCCGGUUCCUGAUCCUGGACAACGGGGAAGAAGUCAGCGACUACCUUCAUGAGAUUUACUUUCUGCCAGACCAUCCUGAGCUGAAAGACAUUCACACAGUUCUGCAAGAUAAUAAAAAGCUGACGGCCAGCAGCAGUGACCUGGCUGCAGCUCUGCAGCUCUCCAUGAGAGCAGUUCAGCACGAGAACGUUGACGUUAGGAUCCAUGCGCUGACCAGCCUCAGGGACAUGAUAGACACCAACCAGGACCGACUGCUGCGGCAGGUUUGCGCGAGUGAGGCGGUGGAGCCGGUCAUCUCCAACCUGGUGUCGGUGCUGCUGAAGGGCUGCCAGGACUCGUCCCCGGAGGCCCGGCUCCUGUGCGGGGAGUGUCUGGGCGAGCUGGGCGCUGUGGAUCCUGGACGUCUGGACCUGUCGCACACACAAACCAACGGGGACCGCAAGACAUUUGUGAGUGGAGUGGAUGAUCUCAACUUUGCCUACGAUUUGCUGACUGAGCUGACAAGAACAUUUCUGGCUUACGCUGAUGACGUGCGAGCCCAGGACUCAGCUGCUUAUGCAAUUCAGGAACUGCUAUCCAUAUUUGAGUGCCGCGAGGGAAAAACUGACUCGUCAGGCCGCCGUUUGUGGAGGAGAUUCCCAGAACACGUUCAAGAAAUACUGGAGCCUCACCUUAACAGCAGGUAUAAGAGCAGCCAGAAGGAUGUGAACUGGUCCAAACUGAAAAAGCCAGUUUAUCUCAGCACUAGAGGCAGCAAGUUUUCUGAUUGGUCAGCCACCUGGGCUGGUUACCUCAUCAGCAAGGUGAGACAUGAGCUGGCCAGCAAAGUGUUCAAAUGUUGUAGCUUCAUCAUCAAACAUGACUAUAAAGUCACAAUCUACCUGCUGCCUCAUAUCCUGCUGUACAUGCUGCUGGGUUGCACGCCUGCAGGGCAACAGGAGGUAACAGAGGAAAUGCUGGCUGUGCUGACGGAGGACAACGGGCAAGGAGGCGGUGGUGUCCAGGAGGCGGCCUCCAGCCUAUCCCAGCUCAGCACUCAGACCGUGUUCAGCAUGCUGUCGCAUCUGACGCAGUGGAGCCGCCACAUCCUCUACUCCAAACCCAAAGUCAGCGAGAGUGGGGAUUACCAGCGUGUGGUGGCCUUCCUGAAGGGAAUCCCACAGGACGUCCUGGCCAGAGCCUCUCUGCGAUCCAAAGCCUACACUCGUGCCCUCAUGCACUUCGAAGCUUUCAUCCUUGAAAAUAAAGAGAAUAUACAAGACCAUCUCACAUUCUUGCAGACGCUGUACGCUGCAAUGCAUGAGCCUGACGGGGUGAGGGGAGUCAACGCUUUGAGGAGGGAGGAGCCUUCGUUGCAGGAACAGAUACUGGAGCACGAGAGCAUCGGCCUGCUCCGAGAUGCGACGGCCUGCUACGAUAGAGCCAUACAGCUGGAGUCAGACCAGAUCGGUCACUAUCACGGAGUGAUGACCUCUAUGCUUGGGUUGGGACAGCUGUCCACGGUCAUGACGCAGGUCAAUGGGGUUUUGGCCAACAAGUCCCAGUGGAAGUCUGAGCUCAACACUUACAGAGUGGAGGCGGCUUGGAAGCUUGGAAAAUGGGAUCUGCUGGAUGAUUAUCUGAGUUCAAACCAGCAGUCCAGCACUUGGGCCGUGCGACUCGGCCAGAUGCUGCUGUCAGCGAAGAAGCAGGAUGCUGAGGCUUUUUAUGAGAAGCUGAAGCUGGUGAGGAAGGAGCAAGUUGUCCCUCUGUCUGCCGCCAGCUACGAGUGCGGGACCUACCAGAGAGGAUACGAGUAUAUCGUCAGGCUGCACAUGCUCAGCGAGUUGGAGCACACGUUUAACGAGCUGCAGAAGCACGGAGAGGGCUCCACCCCGACUCUCAGCCGGCUGCCUCCUCAUUGGUCGGACCGGCUGGAGAUGACCCAGAAUUCCUUCAGAGCCAAGGAGCCGAUCCUGGCUCUCCGGCGUGCCCUGCUCAGCCUGGAACCACAACCCGUCCGUCAGGAGCUGGUGGGAGAGUGUUGGCUACAGAGCGCCAGAGUGGCCAGAAAGGCCGGCCACCACCAGACCGCCUUCAACGCCCUUCUCAACGCAGAUAAUAGACAUCUGGCUGAACUGGUCACCGAGAAGGCCAAGUGGCUCUGGUCCAAGGGGGAUGUGCACCAGGCCCUGAUUGUACUACAGAAGGGGGUGGCCCAAUGUUUCCCUGACGAUCAGCCCCUGACGGACCCUCGCAGCCUGCAGACCAAAGGCAAGGCCAUGCUGCUAGUAGGGCGAUUCAUGGAGGAGACGGCCAACUUUGAGUCUAACGCCAUCAUGAAAGCGUACAAGGAAGUAACCAACCUCUUACCCGAGUGGGAGGAUGGAAACUUCUAUUUAGCCAAGUACUAUGAUAAAGUGAUGCCGAUGGUGACCGAUAACAAACUGGAGAAACAGGGGAACCUCAUCCGAUACAUCGUCACUUACUUUGGAAAGGCUCUGCAGUUUGGAAACCAGUACAUCUACCAGGCCAUGCCUCGCAUGCUGUCGCUCUGGUUGGACUUUGGAGCCAAAGUCUGUGAAUGUGAGAAGGCCGGGCGAGCGGACAGACAGAUGCGACAGGAGCUAAGUAAAAUCAACACAGUCGUCGGCGAGCACUGUGCCAACUUGGCGCCGUACCAGUUCCUCACCGCCUUCUCCCAGCUCAUCUCCAGAGUGUGUCAUUCUAGCGAUGAGGUUUUCACAGUCCUCAUGACCAUCGUGGCCAAAGUGUUCCUCGCGUACCCCCAGCAGGCCAUGUGGCUGAUGACGGCCGUCUCCAAGUCGUCUUACCCCAUGCGUAUGAACCGCUGCAAUCAGAUCCUUAAAAAAGCCAUAAGUCUCAAACAGUCCCUGGAGAAGUUUAUUGGAGAUGCCAACAGACUGACGGACAAGCUGCUGGAGCUGUGCAACAAACCGGUGGACGGUAACAGCAGCACCCUCAGCAUGGGCGUUCACUUCAAGCAGCUGAAGCGUCUGGUGGAGGAGCCGACCUUCAGCCAGAUCCUGAUCCCCCUGCAGUCCGUCCUCAUCCCCACGCUGCCCUCAACCGGUGGGGCCAACACGCACCACGAUGCCUUCCCGGGACACUGGGCCUACCUGGAUGGCUUUGAAGACUGUGUGGAGAUUUUGGCCUCCUUACAGAAGCCUAAGAAGAUAAGCCUGAAGGCCUCAGAUGGCCGGAGCUACACCAUGAUGUGCAAACCUAAAGAUGACAUGAGGAAAGACUGCAGACUCAUGGAGUUCAACUGCCUCAUCAACAAGUGCCUGCGUAAAGACGCGGAGUCCAGGCGGAGGGAGCUACACAUCCGCACGUAUGCUGUGAUUCCCCUCAACGAGGAGUGCGGCAUCAUUGAAUGGGUCAACAACACGGCUGGACUGCGGCACAUCCUCACCAAGCUGUACAAAGAGAGAGGUGUCUACCUGUCAGGGAAAGAGCUGAGGAAGCUUAUUCUACCGAAGACGACACCUCUUGAGGAGAAACUACGAAUCCACAAGGAGGUGCUGUGCGCUCGACAUCCCCCCGUCUUCUACGAGUGGUUCCUCCAAACAUUCCCCGACCCAACUUCAUGGUACAGCAGUCGCUCAGCAUACUGCCGCUCCACUGCUGUGAUGUCCAUGGUCGGUUACAUCCUGGGUCUGGGAGAUCGCCAUGGAGAAAACAUCCUGUUUGACUCUUUCACUGGGGAAUGUGUUCAUGUUGACUUUAACUGCCUCUUCAACAAGGGGGAGACAUUUGACGUGCCUGAGGUGGUUCCUUUCCGACUGACCCAAAACAUGGUCCACGCCAUGGGGCCCAUGGGUACCGAGGGUCUGUUUAGACAGGCCUGCGAGGUCACACUGAGACUAAUGAGAGACCAAAGAGAGCCACUUAUGAGUGUGCUUAAGACCUUCCUUCACGACCCUCUGGUUGAAUGGAGUAAACAAGCCAAAGGAAUGUCAAAAACCCAGGCCCACGAGACAGGAGAGAUAGUCAAUGAAAAGGCUAAAACGCACGUGUGUGAAAUUGAGCAGCGUCUGCAGGGAGUGAUAAAGAGCCGAAAUAAGGUGCUGGGUCUUCCUCUGUCCAUUGAGGGACACGUACACUACCUCAUCCAAGAGGCCACAGAUGACAAGCUCCUCUGCCAGAUGUAUUUGGGCUGGGGCCCAUAUCUGUAGAAGCAAACCUACACGUGAACCCAGUUAUUCAAAUGCCAACUGGACCCCAACUCUUCAUGCACUUUUCACCAUCUGGUGUAAAAAUGUUGAUAAUAUUUGUUCUGAAGUUCCCGUUAUUUUCUUGAAGUUGCCUGUUCUCUGGAAACUGUUGAUGCGUGUACAGUAGUUUUUCUGUACAUGAUA